GUUCGUUCUCGGGAACCUGUAUCUUGUGCUACGGAAUUCGCCGACCCACCAGAUGUCACGAUCUACAAGGACCACCCAGAGCUUACUGACAACUUUAUCGAGUUCUCCUAGCGACUUGACGAUGGCCAGCACUAUAUUUGCUUUCCAAUUACAUUCUUUGGGUGCUCGGACUUUUUGACAGUGGUGUGCACUUGUCUUGACUUCGAUAGCUGCAGCUUAGAGUAGUCGGUCAAAAUACUAGCAGUACUUUGUCCUCUGUCCCAUGGAUGGAGGAUCAUUUGUAUUUUCUGAUAUCGCUGUCAAAGUGAAGACUACGGGCGCUGUGACUCUAAGCCUUUCCUUUGUCCUCAUGUUUAGUCGUGUCAUCAGUCUCCGUGGACGCCCCAGUUUUCGAGAUCUAUUUCUCUCAAACAAGUCAAGCUAUGGCUAUCAGUCAUGGGCCUUGCUCUAGCUUGAGUAGUCGUCGCAGGCGUAGCAGCUGGUCUAACGUGUGCGGCUGCUCGCCCAAUUCGCAACUGCCUUCGUCAUCGUAUGCGCUCGAAUCGGGACAACACCAGCAGCAGGCCCUUGGCGGAGCUGCACCAGGCGGGUAUGGUCAGCAACAGAGAACACCUUGUCAAAAAUAUGGUCAGCAGCCACAGCAACAGCCUGGUCAGUAUGGCCAGCCAUCUCCUGGGCGACUCUGUGUCAGUUCAGGAUUUGUCUACACCUCUUCUUCAUAGCAGCUCGACAUUUUCCGACAGCCCCGUAUCCAAUGUAAGUAGCCGCUAUGCAGCUAUUGAGUAGCUUCCAAUGUGUUAUUUCGCUCAUAUGCAUACGACUUGCACGGCCGCCACCAAUUUAUUAUUUGCGGCUCUCGAAUGGUCACGCAUGUGGAAGACAGCUCAGUGAUUAGGUAAACACAAGACAUCUGACCUCAUCUUUGCUGUUAGCCAAUCCGACUGCAAAAUCAAUCGUAUCGCGCCCGGCGCCGAGCAGGCUAUUGG